AUGGGGAGCGAAGCAUCAAAAAUUCGACAUUCGAAAUCGACAGGAAGUAAGAAAUCAACAACAAAUCGAAGUGGACAACAUAUUAUACCUCCAAUAGUUAAAACUGCUGAUUCGAUCAACAGCACUGAUAAUCUGCUUAAUGUUGAUUAUGGCAUCCGAGCGGGAAAUUCAUCGAGAUCUUCAUUAGAACUGAAUAUCAAUCGUGGUCGUUCUGGAAGCAUAUGCAGUUCACGAAGUAUGUCGAGGCAAAAGCAUCCAAUUUCUAUCCGUAACCGAAACCUUAUUCAGAGUUGUUUCCAAAAUCCACACGAAAUUAUUGGCCAUAAAAUUUUACAACGAGUGUAUGAAAAGCGGAAUGGCUUUGCAAAGUUCUAUGAUAAAUUGAGCAGCGAUGAGAAGGAUGACAUUGAGGAGGGAAUUAAAGUGCUUCUAAAGAAAACUGUCGCAAAUAUUAAUUUUAUAGAUGAGGUUCAACGAUUAGCAGAAGAAUUCGGUGGGAAACACGUCAAGUUUCGAGUUCUCGGUUUUAAGCCUGAAUUUUUCGGAGUUUAUGCUGAUGCUACCAUUACUGAAUGUAUAUUCCUGGACAAUGCUAUGCAUCCCGCGCAUCAAACUCUUACCGCAUUUUCUUCAUUCAUUACUAUGGUAUAUUCAUCAGUGAGAGAUGGCUUUUAUGGAGAAAUGCGACGUAUGAGACGUACAUCAAACAGUUUUAGUACGGAUUCUAAUUCAUCUCAUAUGCGGAAAACUGUAUCAGGCGAAUUAAAUGUUGAUUUACCGCAGAGGUCAGUAAGUCCGGGUAACGAGUCCGGCGGGUCAGAUUUUAGUGCAUUGAUAGUGAUUCCAGCAGAUGAUAACAACUUAGUGAAAUCGCCUUCAAAUGAUCCCUAAAAAUACCAAAUUGUUACCUAAAUAGUGUGCAUCAUCGCAAAUACUUUUUUUAAAAUGCCUUAUUUCUUAUUGCAAAGUGAUUUUACUGCUAAUCAAAAAUUGAAACAAUGCAUUAACUGCGCAAUUUCUAUUCAAAGACUGUACAA